UUUUUUUUUUUGGUUUGAAUUUUAAGUGACUGACGACUUCCCACCUCUAGAUGAUUUGAUUGACAGUUGAGGGCAGAUUGUAAGGCGUUCGUUCCGAUUCGUUAGCUUUCCUUGAGUCAGUCAGAAGUUGACAUAAAGUCGGACGUCUGCUCUCCUUCAGUAACAAACGACAACCAUGCGUCAGGGAGCUAUUACAACGACACUUAUUUCGGUAUUUUUGGCACAUCUAUGUGCAGGCCAAAACAUUCCCCUUUUUCCAUACAUGGACCGCGACAUGAGGGGAAGAGGCGCACGGCGGUCGUUUACAAACAAUGUGUCCUUUAAUUCACGGAGACAGCGGACUAAUUUUCCUGUGAUUCAAAAUCGUAUACUAGAUCCUUGGUGGCCAUACUCUACCAGGCAGAGCGCCAUCCGUGAAGUGGAGCGACUUCAGCGUAUCAUAGCAGAAGCGAGAAAAAACAGACCAGUCUACGAUUUCAAUGGACCACUAGAAAAUUUUCUUCCCCUACCAAUAGGAGAGAGAUUCAAACCUUCACCCUUCAGGGAUCCAAGGGCGAAUAGACCUCAACUUCCGGUGGGGCCACUCUCACCGGAAAUUCGAUAUGCUGGGGACUUAAUACGUGCUAAAGCAGCAGCUGGUUACUAUGGUGAUAAACCCCUGUUUGAUUUAUAAACUAUAGUUGUGUCGUUUUCUACAUGUUGCAAUCCACCUGUUGCAUAAUCUAUUUUUUUUACUAUAAUUUGAUGUUAUUGGAAUAAAUCAUAUUGUAUUUA